AUGAAGCGCAAAAUGGGUGUCCGGGGCACCGCUGGCUCGACGCCAGCCCAAAAGACUUCUCAGCAGCGCCGCGAUUCGACGGUGUUCAAUGCGACGCCCAGUGUGGGCUCCCGGCCGCCUUCAGUGUUAUCAGACGCCGGCAGCGAUCGGGGCAGCAGCACUGGCAAACUGCCUGCGCUCACGCGUCUGAGCAACAAACCACCCGUUACCCGAGGAUCGAUGGGUCCGCCCCCCGCUCGGCCCUCUGUUUCGGGGACACCGACACCUGCCUCAUCUCUCUCGCGAUCCAUGUCUGCAAAACCUGCUCUGAGCUCGACUCCGGUUGCGGCUCAGCACCGAAGGGUGGUAUCGGCGACGCUUGACCAGUCAAUGACGCGAAAGCGACAGAGCAUGACACCAGGCGAGAAGGAGAACGUGAGAGACUGGAGUCAGCCCGAACCUUCGACACGACUACUGUAUACUAUGCCGCGCAGCGAGCGACGCACCGCAAGACUUCCGCCGCCGCCCUUGGUCGUUGGCUAUGCGAUCUGCGUCCAAUACUUCUACGAUGUCAUCACCCCCUUGCCCGAUUAUCGCAAGCGAUUCGAAGGCCCAGGUCGCCUAGGACCGAGCCUGGGACCUGACUACUGGCAUCAUUGUAUGUACUACGUGGAGCAAUGGAAAGGCAUUUCUAGGCCUACGCGCCUUUUUGAGACACCUGAGCCCGGUGUAGACGCAGAAAAAUUCGAACAAACCUCGCAUAUCUUUAUUCCUGUCCGGACGGUGCUGUACAAGGAUCGACACCGCCAGUGCAAAGAGUCUCCCUUCGAUCAGGCCCACCUCGCAGACAUGGUCAGGAGGAUCGACUCGUUGGGAGGCGUGCUCGAUCCGUCGCGAGUGAAAUGGAGACAGUUCAAGCCACGGUCGCGGGCCAACCCCAAGGGGUAUGACUACUCGAUGUAUGCAUCUUGUGGUCUGUUUCCUCCUGUGCGACGUGUUCAGUAUCCACUAUCAUCUAUCGAGGAUUCCGAAGUUGUUUAACCUCGACCUCUUUCGCUGUAUUCUAUCCUCUUGCUGUUGUGCAAAUCACCAAUCAUUCGCCGCACAAUUCUCUGCGUUCGUUCAAGACACGACAUGGGCAGUGUAGCCUGAAAAGUGGAAUUGAAGGCACUCAGCGUGCUCAAGAGCAUCAAGCUCUUUGAAUGAGAUCAUGCGCUAUUAUGGCCUAUCAGUAUAUCAAAGUGAAUAACAGCACUACGGAUCCAUUCAGGGGCGCUAAGCGCUCAGGUCGCUUGCUGACGGCUGACCGGCUGGAGCUUCGCUUGAAUGCCCUGGUGUAUAUCUAUCCCUCAUUGGAGGUGCUUGGGUACGCACCGAGCACUUCCGGCUCUGGGAGACGCUUCAGAUCUAGUCACGACUCACGAGUGCCAUUGUGACCGGACGCGUAAUGCCAUAUCACGCGUUAUUCCCUUCUGCUCGUCUGCUAUUACCCAACGAGGGGUUAGAAGUAAUAGGAG